AUGUCAACGGCAGCAAAGGGGGCCGGCUCCAGUGCGAGUGCGGCGGCCGCAGUGGUUGGUGCCACCGAGACCACGGCCACCGGUGCCAGUGCGGCGGAAUCCACAAGUGCCACCCCAACGGAGGCAACAACAUCUAGCGCUAAAGCUUCCACCAGUGAGACGUCUACCAGCACCAGUACAACUACUUCUUCAACUGAGGCUACUACCUCGUCGAUUCCAACUUCUACUUCUACUUCUACUACAUCCACUUCCACUUCUACGACCGCUCCUACGACAGCUUCAACGACUACUUCCGACACCACCAGUUCGACCAUACCGAGCACCACGAGUGAGACCACUACCAGCACCAGUAGCUCAGAGUCUCAAAAAGCGACCACUAUUUACAUCACCUCGACUGCCACCAAUGGGGGUGUCACGACCGCAACCUCUACUAUCAGUUCGGCCUCGUCCAACACCGCGGCCUUGUCCACCUCGACGGGCGCGGCUGCUGGGGGUGGAGGUCUGUCCGCUGGUGGUACCAUUGCUGUUGCUGUAGUUGUCCCUGUGGUCUCCGUGGCGCUGAUUGCCCUCGCCGCUAUUUUCUUCUGGCGCAAGCGCAAGGCUAAGAAGGCGGCCGAGGAGGAGCGUCGAAAGGAAGUGGAGGAAUAUGGCUUCAACCCGAACAAUGAUGCGACUUUCCCUGGCAUGGCCGGCGUUGUUGCACCCAAGGAUGAUACCUCGUCUGGCUACCGUGGCUGGGGAACCACCUCAGCUGGUCGUAAGGCCUCGACCAACCUCUCUAGCGGGAUGGGAAUGGCCAUGUCUGAAGGUAGCGGUCAGUAUCACCACAACGCUACUCCCAGUGAAGGCACGGUGCAAUACUCGGACGGAGUGCGACCGGACUCGGGAGAGAUUGUUGAACCAGUUGGCGUGUUGGGUGCUGUCCCUGUGGCGGCCAACAACCGUGGCGGAGACAUCCACCGAGGAGCUUCGAACGCCUCGUCUGCAUACUCCGCUGCUAACCGAUCGGAGGCGUCCGAAGAGAGUCACAUGUCUGCUGCACACCCAUCAGGUGGCUACUAUGGGGACAAUCCCUACUACGGAGAAAUGACAGGACAUGGUGCCUAUGGAGAUGAUUCUUACCAACCUGUGAUCCGGGAUGUGCAGGCUCGCCGCAACACUCGUAUCGAGAACCCGGGCGUUUACCCUAGACAAGGGAACGCUGGAAUCGCCCAGAACUUUUAG